GAGGGCAGGAGAUCAGUAGCGUACGGGCGCGCGAGAGGUGCACGACGAGGGUGCGUGCGUGGGGUGUGUGCGCAUAGAGGGUGAGUCGCGAGUGAGCGAGGGCAAGUGAGAGCAAAACUGCCCCUCCUCCUCCUCUACCCCCGGCGCUGCGGGAAAAACUCGCCUCAGCAUGCAACCACCGCCGAGAAAAGGAAACUUUGCGAAAUUUCUGAAAAAUGUACACACGGAGCAGGCAGCGAAAUUACAGGCGAAAAACCAGCAUGAGUGCGAUCUUCUGGAAGACAUCCGUAAUUUUACGAUAAAAAAGUCUGCCAUUGAAAAAUCCUACUCCGAGGCGUUACUCAAAAUAUCGUCUGCAUACUUAAAUAAGAAGAUACCGAAUAUACCCGAUCUCAAAGUCGAUGGAGCAGAAGAGAAAUGGAACAUGUGGAAUGUGUGGCGAACCGUGCUGGAGGAGAACGAGAAGCUGGCGCGCGCACGCCUCGCCGCUGUCGAGGUCUUCCAGCAGCAGAUCGCCGAUGACAUUAAGAGCCUCAAGAUGCACAAAUUACAAAUCUCUAAGAAGGCAAUCGACCAAUUACUGAUAGUACAAAAAGAGCUCCAAACUUGCGUACAGGAUGUCGACAAAACGAAGAAAUUUUACUUUGACGAAGAACACAGUGCACAUGAUGUGCGUGACAAAGCUAAAGAUAUUGAAGAAAAACUGAAGAAGAAGAAGGGUUCCUUCUUCCAAUCAAUAACGUCUUUGCAGAAAAAUAGCGCCAAGGUGAGUUCAAAGCGAGACGCUUUGGAGGAGAAAUCAACUGGUGCACGCAAUGAUUACCUAUUAGCCCUUGCCGCCGCUAAUGCCCAUCAGAACCGAUAUUUUGUAGUCGAUUUACAGUCCACCAUGCAGUAUUUGGAACAAGGAGUUUACGACAAAGUUGCGGAAUACUUAACACUGAUGGGACGCACGGAGCUGCUUACUUGUAUGGCCACACAAAAUAGCUUUGGCAAAAUUCGCGAUCAAGCUCAGCAGCUUACUAGAGAGUACAAUAUCCAAUGUUGCUAUUUAUACUAUCCUGUCUUGAAGCAACAUAUUCAAUACGAUUUUGAACCAUGCGAUUACGACCCGGUGGAGAGGAUAACUGCCGAUCAUUCAGCGGCGAUGGUAUUGGGCAAAGAAGCGCGUCGCUGGUCGACGAAAAUUGCCCGCGAGGUCAGCUGUGUUCGUGAAAAUAACCGGAAACUUCAAGUAUUAUACCAACUCAAAGAGUCUGGUCAGAAGACUGAUCCGAACGAUCCUAAUGGUCCAGAUUUAGAUACUAAGAUUGAUGAAUUAAAGCACUCUACUCGACGUGCUGAGACAGCAAAACUCAAGGCAGAAGCGAGGAUAGAAUGUCUUCGACUCGGUGGAGUGAAUGUAGACGAAUUCUUGCAAGAGGCUGAAACACUUAGCGUUCAGGACAUGCCGCGCUCGGCCAGUUCUCUUUCUGUUAGGACAGAUGCAUCUGGUGCAGCGGAACAUCCGUCAUCGGACUCAUUCUACGACAGCGACGGCGAUGGGGGAAGCGACCUAACGACUUUGGAGCGGCCCGGAAAAAAUGCGCCACAACAGGAAGAGGAAAUCGAAGAGAGACAGAGGCAUGACAGUGCUGAGGUCGAUGCAUUGCUCGAGCAGGAGAAGCAACGAAUAGAGCAGCUAACAGCGGGCUGGGAUGAUCCCACAUCGGUUGAUUGGGACAACGAAGAGAAAGAUGAACAAGAGAUGAUACAUGAGACACCAGAGAUGCCUUCUAACCAACCCAUAUACAAGUGCACUGCUCUAUACUCUUAUACAGCGCAAAAUCCCGAUGAGCUUUCCAUCGUGGAAAGUGAGCAGCUAGAUGUAGUGGGCGAGGGUGAUGGCGACGGAUGGUUGAAAGCAAGAAAUUACCGAGGAGAGGAAGGUUUCGUUCCUCAAAACUAUCUUGAUGUAGAAAGGGAACCCGAGACCACCACCGGUCUAUCUUCGCAAGGUCCAGGUCUGGUCCAGCAGAUUUCGUUCUCAUCUGUCGAUUAUACCAUUGACGAUCAUGACGCUGUUGACCCCGAUGCUAAUUUGCAAAGUGCCGCUUCGGAAGCUAUAAUACAAAACCACGUUGGAGUUAUAGAAAUGGAGCAAUACUGCAUCGCACUUUACGAUUACGAUGCGACAUGCGACGAGGAGCUGAGCUUUUUGGAAGGCGACAUCGUUAAGGUGUUGAAAAAAGAACCACACGAUGUAGACGAUGGCUGGUGGGAAGGUGAACUGAGAGAUCAACAGGGCCUUUUUCCCUCUCUCGUCGUGGAACCUUGCGGUCCAGACGGCUGUCCUUUGACCCCACAGGAGAACUUAACACCACCGAGUUCCGCACCACCAGUCUUUACCCCACCGCAAGUAGCAGCAGAAUUUUUGCUAGAUGAUGAGUUUGCUCAAAUGGACGAAUCGCAAGAAGAAAAGUCAAUGACGAAUGGUGAUAGUAGAUUCAUGAUAAAUCUGUCUCAAGACCAAAAGGAGCAAUAUGGUUCACAGUUUGGGGAAGAUAAGCCUGACGCAACACCAGGUAUAUUAGUCGUGGAGGUAUCAGAUGAAUCAGGUGAUAAGACGGAAAAGCCCGAGGAUCCCAAGUCCGGUAAAGAGACUAGUCAAACAGACGAUUUUGGUCUUGGAGUGGCUCAGAUCGUGAUCACAGCUGCAACUCCGAUGGACGAGGUCGAACAUCCCUUCCCUGGGCCGGAGGAGACUCCGGAAGACUCGGCAAAAUCUGCAGAAGCCUUCGAGGCCGAUCCUGAAGCUUCAAGUGCGGGUUCAGAUCCAAUUGAAAGCGAAUGUAAAGAAGAAGAGCCGACCGUCAUCCUGGACGAGAAAGAAGAAGAAACUGAAGAAAAAUCUACAAUUGACGAACUUCCAGCUGACUCGGCACCAUUUCCAAUCAGCAGCAGUUCUGGAAGCGAUGCGGAUUCAACUUCCGGUCCCAGCACCAACGAGAAUUCUCAGUCAAGGGGAACGGUAGUAGAAGUGACGGAAGAAGCCGCAGAGGUCCUGGAAGAGGAGGAAAUCGUGCCAGGGAAAAUGCUGAUAGGGGGAAGAGCCAGUAUUCCGGAUGAACUGCAGCCGGAUCAACUGGAGAAAUUGCAGACGCUCAAAGAAUCGAACGCCUAGGGCUGACUGGGCCCCGGGGCCAAUAAGGGCAGAAUUAACUUGCCCGAUGGCCACCCCGACAACUUUCGACAUCUGCUAGACUUCUGGCGAUCACCUGAGGUGCUAGGAAAAAAAGACUAACUGUAAUAAACUCACACUAAGACUCUAUCUGAAAUUCAUAAGGUUCUUAUGGUGAUCGAGUAGUGGUGAGAAUAAAGACAUUUGGAAUUGUGACUGAACUAUCUAUAGAGUAAUGGAUGUUAAUAGAUCAAGUGAUGCUGAAGACUGUCUAAAUUACGGCUAUAUAAGCAUAAGAAUUAUUUUCGCGUACCAAACGUACGGGAAAAUGUCCAGAAUAAGAUUUGAAUCGUAACUACUUUGGAAAUAAUGUACGUUAUAUAUCUUUAUUAACUAAUCAGGAUCAUAAGGCAAGAUUCAAUUGCGAAGCUAUUUAUCGAUUACCAUACUGAUUUAUUAACAUCCUGGAGAAGAGGGCAAAUUAAUUGAGGAAAAAUGAUUAAGUUGAGUAAGGGAUAAUUUGAAGUAUAGGAGAUUUAAAAUCAAGACAGUCACAAAGGAUAGAAAAAAUUAAUAGACAAGAUCACCAAGACUUUAUGUAAAACUUUAUAUAAGGUCACUAAGAUUUCUUUGUGUUGACCGAUUAAUAAAAGGUUAGAAGAAUUAUUUUGUCCUAUCUUAGGACAAAUUGAGCUUUCAUGAGUUGAUUAAACUCUUGAGUUAAUAAAGCUGACAAAGGGAACGGAAGUGGCGAUUUUCUUUCGUAGGAGAUGAUGUACAGUGAAACGGGAUAAUAGAAAGAAUUGUCGAUACCUGUGUAUUAUAAAGGACGUACAUUUCAAAGGAAUUACACUGGUGUUGCAUGUAAAAA